AGUUUUAGCGCGUUUUCUUCGGCGCGCCGUUGGCUAUCUUCAAAAGCGCCUUAGUUGCAUUCGAAUCGCGUUAGUUGUGGUUUAAGCGGCGAGCGGUACGCAUCUCCAGUAGAUGGUUAAUAUUACGGCAAUUUGUGCUAAAAAUCAACAACAACUUCCGCAUAAACAUAUAAAAUAGCUCCUAAAAUAUUCAAUAAAAGACAAGCGAAGCCAGCGAAAAAAAAGCAGCCAGCAACAAUUGGGAUAAAAACCAAAACAAUAACCUCAAAUUGAAUGAGCGUAAGCCAUAAUUAUGACCAAAUGAGCCAGCCAACAACGACAACAGCAACAACAACAGCAACGCAAACAAAAGCAACGAAAAGGCCAAGCAGAUCCAACAACAAAAUGCCGGUUGUCAACAGCAGAGUAGCAGAGUUAUCUCGGAUAACAGUCUUCUUAACAGCGCUGCUGCAGUUUGCGAGCUACUCCAGUGGCUUGCAAACUGUAAGCGAGGCAGCAGAUGAAAGUACCGUCUGCCUGUACCAAGAGUACAACGCCACCUACCGAAAGGAGAUUGGCGCGGUGUGGUUUGCCCCAAAGGAUCCCUGUUUGGUGUACUCCUGUGCAGCUGGCGUGGCCAAGGAUCCACAGGCGCACAUUGUGGCCACCCAAGUCGAUUGCAAUGAGUUCUACUGCGAAGUGGGUUCCGAGCUGCGUAGUGCCGAAGGCAGCUGUUGCGGGGAGUGUGUAAGGACCCACUGCCAACACAACCACACCCUGUACGCAGUGGGCGAGUCAUGGCACAAUGAUGCCGAUUGCACGCUCAUCGAAUGUGGACGUCUGGAUAAUGGCCAAAUCGUAAUGAAUACAUACAACAGAAAUUGUCCGGCUUUGACUGAAGAUUGUCCAGCUUCAAGAUUGGAGGAGCGCAACUGCUGUCCCUACUGCAGGCCCCUCAAAGCGAGCAGGAUUGAGCAGCUGCAGGAUAAUGAAGAGGAGAGCAGCGAUGAUAUUUGGACAGCCGAAUGGUAUCGCAACCACCCCUGCAACCGGGAUUGUCAGGUGGGAGCCGAACCCAUGACCUGCCGCUACAAAUUCGUGGUGGAAUGGUACCAGACUUUCUCCAAGGCCUGCUACGAUUGUCCUCGUAAUCUGACGGAUUGCUCCCGACCACAUUGCGUCAUGGGCGAUGGUCUGGAGCGGAGCAUCACUGUGGUCAAUCGAAUGAUGCCCGGACCAUCGAUUGAAGUCUGCGAGGGCGAUGAAAUAGUGGUCGAUGUGAAGAAUCAUUUGCUGGGCGAGAGCACAUCGAUUCACUGGCAUGGUCUGCACCAGAAAAAGACGCCCUACAUGGAUGGUGUGCCCCACAUCACCCAGUGUCCAAUUACCCCGCAUGCGACCUUCAGGUAUUCCUUUCCUGCCGAUCUCUCGGGCACCCACUUCUGGCACUCGCACACGGGAAUGCAGAGAGGUGAUGGAGUCUUCGGUGCCUUGAUCAUCCGGAAACCAAAGACAGCCGAACCCCAUGGCGGACUCUACGACUUUGAUCUCAGCGAACAUGUGAUGAUUGUCCAGGACUGGAUCCACGACACGGGUGCCAGCAUAUUCUCCUAUCAUCAUCACUCCCGCGGUGACAACAAGCCACACAACCUGCUCGUAAACGGCAAAGGACGUUACUACAACCGCAUUUGGGCGGAAGCGAAGCAAACCCAUCGAAGAGCCGAGGGGAGGAGCACUCAGUCCGUGGAACCGCUGCCCAAAUCCCAGGUGGACUUCGUUCAGACACUACCAAGACAAGCUCGAUUGGCGAAAACUAAUAGCACCAAACUGUAUCCGGUGAAUUCGCGACAAAAGAGGGGUAAUCUGAAUGAGAUACCCUUGGAACUAGUGCCCCAUCAGGUUUACACAGUGCGGAGAGGAUUUCGUUACCGCUUCAGGAUUAUAAAUGCGGAGUAUUUGAACUGUCCAAUAGUGGUUUCCAUAGAUGGUCAUAACCUGACGGCCAUAAACUCUGACGGCUUUGAUAUCGAGGCAAUGGACGUGGGCUCUAUAGUUACCUAUGCCGGUGAGCGAUUUGACUUUGUGCUGAAUGCCAAUCUUGAGGUGGGAAACUAUUGGAUUCGGCUAAAGGGUUUGAUGGACUGCAGCGAAGUGUUUACCUCCGCCUUUCAAGUGGCCAUCCUUCGCUAUGAGGGAGCUCCGGAUGAGGAGCCCACUGCGGAAUUGAGUUACGGCCACAAGGCUGAGGGCAUCGAACUGAAUGUGAUGAACCGGGGUCCUGGAUAUCCGGACACCAAAACCGUGGCGGAAAUGAGGGCUCUGCCCAUAUAUGAUCAUGUAUCGGGCAUCGAUCACGAUACUCUGAAGCCGGAAGCGGACUACAAGUUCUUUAUCUACUACGAUUUCUAUACAAAGAACAAUCCCGACUUUCACGAUAAGGAUCUAUAUGCCAUGGACAUGGAGAUGACCCAGCAGAAUCGCCUCUACACCCCCCAACUGAACCAUAUUACCUUGAAGUUUCCUUCGCUGGCACUGCUUCCUUCUAGAAGUCAGCUAAAGGACUCGGACUUCUGUAACGAAACGAGCCUAAUGGACCAGGGUAUCGAUUGUCGCCAGGAGUUCUGCAAGUGCCAUCAUGUCCUGCAGGUUCCCUUGGGCGCCGUGGUCGAGAUGAUCAUCGUGGAUGAGGGCUUCCAGUACUACGCCAAUCAUCCCUUCCACUUGCACGGAAACGCCUUCAGAGUCAUGGGAUUGGAGCGUUUGGGCGAGAACGUCACCAUUGAAAUGAUAAAACAACUGGAUCAGUUCAAUCUACUCAAGCGGAAUCUGGACAAUCCCCCCGUGAAGGACACAGUGACUAUUCCAGAUGGAGGUUAUACCAUCAUCAGAUUCGAGGCCUCCAAUCCGGGCUACUGGCUUUUCCAUUGCCACAUCGAGUUCCAUGCCGAAAUCGGCAUGGCUCUGGUCUUCAAAGUGGGUAACGACGAUCAAAUGGUUCCGGUGCCAGAGAACUUUCCCACCUGCGGUGAUUAUAAUCCAGACCUAAGAUCUGACGGGGGCACCACGGAAGAUUCGGCAUCCAGCAAGCCAACAGCUGCUCCCCCAAAUAGCGAGGGCGGUGGAUCCGGACUGGAACCCACUUGGAUUACUUUGAUGAUUAGUUAUGUGCUGGUGAAACUCUAUCGAUAAGAGCAGCACUUCGAAAGAGAGCACAAUCCAAACUUGCCAAACGAAAUUUAGAGAUUAUUAUUUGAAGAGGAGGAAGGAACAUGCAGAUCAAAUUGAUUUUGAUUGAUAUAGAAAUAUACUUGUUGUCCGGCACCUGUACAUACCCCAUACAUACACAUUGUAGCAUAAGCAUCUGUGAUUGUCUAAGAAAAUGUUUAAUAAGUAAUUUGACAUUUAAAUAAAUAUAUAUUAUUGUUUUCGU